AUGGCGUCGCCCGAUGUCCCGGCCCCAGCUGUGGCCGACAUCGAAGCCAAGCUCCCUCCAGAGGUGAUGUCCCAGAUCUUCAGCCAUCUGGACUCGCCGGCGCCCUCGGACCUGCGCCUGGGCGACCUGCCCAAGGGCAGCAUGUUCGAGUCGUCCCCCACACCCCUCAAGCAGGUCUCCCUCGUCUGCAAGCGCUGGCGCAAGAUCGUGCUCCCCGUGCUGUUCCGCAAGGCCAUCUGGCACCUCGACCGCUGGGAGCUGCUGCUCGUCGAGCCCAAGCCGGACCAUGUCGCUGCUAUCCCCAUGCUCGCCUGGCUGCGCCACGCCGAUCUGGGCCGCUACGUGCUGUCCUGGACCAUGGUCGUGGGCGACAGCUACGGCGGGCAGUACAGCCUGCGCAUGCGCGACGGCGCCUCGAGCACCGUCCACACGGGCAGCCUGUCCAACCUGCCGGAGCGGCCGUUGCCCAUGGGCUCUGAGGGCUUCCUGCCCGACACCGCGACCUACGCCGAGAAUAACAACUGGCUGUGGGACGCCGUCUUCUCCGUCGUCGAUCCGCUGCGCUUCACCAUCGUCGCGUCGCCUAGGAUGCUGACGUCGCUGAUGUCGAGGAUGCUCUUCCUCGGCGACUCGUGGGGCUUCCAAGUCCCCUACCACAUUCUCUCCCUGUCACGAGAGGAGUCGACGAGGACGAUGCCGCCACCCAGAGACGAGGGUAAAGCGCCAGAGGCGAAGCCAACAUCAUACGCUCAACCGUACGCCGACUCCUGGCCCGAGCCGGCAGAAUCGUCCUCCUGCGCGGAGAAGAAGCGCACCCGCGUGGCCUGCAAGCUCUUCACCAUGCGGCCCUGGUCCGCGGCCCUGCUCAACGAGGGCUCCUCCAUGCGCAUCUACCGCAUGUACGAGUUCUUCCUCAAGCGCCCGCCCUCCAUCCUGGGCGCCCUGCUCGGCGCGGAGGACUUCCCCAACGACGAGCCGCUCCUGCCGCCCACCGUCCGCGAGCUCUCGUACGUGGCCGUCUUCCCGCUGUCGAGCCACUUCAACACGCUGGUGCAGCACCUGCCGCCGCUCGACAAGCUCUUCGUGCAGCUCGUGCCCCGCCCGGAGAGCGGCGUGCUCGACGACCCGGAGCAGAUGCGCGGGCUCGACCCGGCCGACCUCUGGAUGGAGCGCAACACGUGCUACUCGCUCGUCAUGCACGAGAUGCUCGAGCCCGGCUCGUCGGCCAUCGUCGCGCCAACAACGGCGGCGGCAGCGGCGGCGGCGUGGAAGGGCCUGCGCGAGUUCGAGUCGGGCGACGCGGCGGACCGGGAGGCGUGGGCCAUGGCGGCCGAGUACGUCCAGCUGGCCGGGCGGGGAUGGCGCGUCGGCGGCGAGGGCGUGUUCCUCAAGCGUGGAAGUGGGGAGAGCGGCGACGGUGGAGAUGGUACCGAGGGUGGGGAGGGCGAGGAUGACUCCGACACGGACGCGUCUUAUGACAGCCAGGAGGAGGAAGACAGUUACAGUGGCCCGCCUCAUGCCGGCUGGGGAGGAAGUGGAGCAGGAAACAAUAACUACAACCACCACGGCGCGCAUCCUGCAGCAAAUGGCGGCGGCGGCGGCGGCGGCUCGCUCUUGUCAGUACAAUCCCUGCAACAGUCCCUACUACCGGCCAGCUGUUAUGUCAUGUGA